UUAGAGCAUUAGGACGUGAAGGCGUCAAUGUCAAACAAGCUGGAGUCGGUAGUUCCAGCUGCUUCAUCCUUGAUCUGUAAACAACAAAACGAUAAGUAACUUCCGCCUGAAGUCAUAUGUGAUUUUAAGCUGUUAUACAGGAUAGAAAGCAAGGUGAUUGGGAUUUCUCAGGAACCAUGAACUCUCUGUCUGGAAAGAGUGUGCUGUCUCUGUGUAGACAGACCACCAAGUCCAUCCGCCUGUUGGCCAACAGCACUCCAUCUAUUCCUUUGGGUCAUGGACUCACCAGGCCACUGUUAGUUGUGCAGAGAGUAUGCCACUCAGCUGCAAACUCCAAACCUGGCAGCAUCAGGACCAAAAAGCGAGGUUAUGACAUCACAAGGAACCCCCACCUCAAUAAGGGCAUGGCAUUUACUCUGGAGGAGAGGCUCCAGCUGGGCAUCCAUGGCCUCCUGCCUCCAUGCUUUCUCUCCCAAGACGUCCAAGUACUCCGUGUCAUGAAGAGCUAUGAGACACGUACAAACCCCCUUGACAAAUACAUUUUGUUGAUGACCCUGCAGGACAGGAAUGAAAAGCUCUUUUAUCGUUUGUUGACCUCUGACAUUGAGGAAUUUAUGCCUAUAGUUUACACUCCCACUGUGGGACUGGCGUGCCAGCAGUAUGGCCUGGCAUUCAGGAGACCACGAGGACUUUUUAUUACCAUUCAUGACAAGGGCCACAUAGCCACUAUGUUGAACUCAUGGCCAGAAGAGAACAUCAAGGCCAUUGUGGUAACCGAUGGUGAGAGGAUCCUGGGGCUUGGAGACCUGGGUAGCUAUGGAAUGGGUAUUCCAGUGGGCAAGCUGGCUCUCUACACAGCCUGUGGAGGUGUGCACCCUCAGCAGUGCCUGCCUGUGCUGCUGGAUGUGGGUACUGACAAUGAGGCUCUUUUGAAUGAUCCCUUGUACAUUGGACUGAAGCACAAGCGGGUGAGAGGAAAAGAAUAUGAUGACCUUAUUGAUGAGUUCAUGCAGGCUGUCACGGAGAAAUAUGGAAUGAACUGUCUGAUUCAGUUUGAGGAUUUUGCCAACAGCAAUGCAUUCCGCAUUCUUAACAAGUACCGCAACCGUUACUGCACCUUCAAUGAUGACAUCCAAGGAACCGCAUCGGUGGCUGUUGCUGGCAUUCUUGCUGCUCUGAAGAUCACCAAGAACAAACUAUCUGAUCACACUUUUGUGUUUCAAGGAGCAGGAGAGGCUGCUAUGGGUAUUGCUCAUCUGCUCACCAUGGCCAUGGCUAAGGAGGGAGUGUCCCAUACUGAUGCUGUCAAGAAGAUAUGGAUGGUGGACUCUAAAGGACUAAUCGUUAAGGGCAGAAGUCACUUGAACCAUGAGAAAGAAGAGUUUGCCCAUGAACAUCCUCAUAUAAAGACCCUGGAGGAGGUGGUGAAGACUAUUAAGCCUACAGCUAUUAUUGGUGUUGCGGCGAUUGCUGGCGCUUUCACGGAGAACAUUAUAAAGGACAUGGCGUCUUUCAGUGAAAGACCCAUCAUAUUUGCUCUCAGCAAUCCCACCAGUAAAGCAGAGUGCACUGCGGAGCAGUGUUACACGCUCACAGAGGGACGUGGAAUCUUUGCCAGUGGUAGCCCUUUCAAAAAGGUGACUCUUUCAGAUGGGCGCACUUUCUACCCAGGCCAGGGUAACAACUCUUAUGUAUUCCCUGGUCUUGCACUGGGUGUCAUUGCCUGCGGGGUUCGUCAUAUAUCGGAUGACGUUUUCCUCACCACAGCAGAGGCAAUAGCUGACAUGGUUACAGAGGAACAUUUGGCUGAAGGAAGAUUAUACCCCCCUCUCAGCACUAUCAGAGAAGUGUCCUUUAAGAUAGCCACGAAGGUUGUGGAUUAUGCCUAUAAACAUGAUAUUGCUUCAUGGUAUCCUGAGCCCAAGGAUAAAGAAGCCUUUGUGUUGUCACAUGUCUACAGUGCUGACUAUGACUCCUUUACACUGGACUCCUAUACAUGGCCCAAGGAGGCCAUGACGGUUCAGGAUGUGUAGCUUCUCUGGCUGCUUGCCUCUCAGAGGGAGCCACAUAUCAGCACCCUGCCUCAGCUCGACCUUGCUUUUAUAUUCAUAAUAUUUUUAUUUUUUUCCUUUACUAUAUCUAGACUUUUGGCUAGUUGAAAUUAAGACCCGACCCCCCGGAACCAUUGCCCUUGUUUGCAGGUGCCACAGGAUCUGCCUGCAUAAUUCAUUAAAUGCUAAAGACAGAACCAGUAGCAAUACAGUCUCCAAAACAAUAGCACAUAACUUUUUAAAUAGCCAACUAUAAAUUUUAUGCCACUCCAUGAUCAUCUCCCCAGUGUUUUGACUGUGCACUCCAGUCUACUUGCAUUAGAUUGCUCUUUUUAAAAACACUCCUUUGUUAUAUGAUAGUCCUCCUGCAUUAUCUUCUUUUAAGUUGCUAGUAUGUAUUUAGGAAUAUAUAUCUGUACCCAGUUCCUACCAGUAGGAACAAACUUGAAGUGUAUUUGUUUUCAACCUUGGCUCAUACUCUGCUCCACUUUUUUGCUGUUACUGUAAAAUCCACUGUCUGUCUUGCCAUAUGGAUUAUGCCAAAGGAUGGCUUGUAUCAGAUGUUUAAAUACAGUUGUAGUGAUAUAUUUUUUUUUUUUUGAGCUCAAAAGGUUAUUUAUAUUAAGAUGUACCCUAUAAGUCCUGUGUGGAUGGCGAAGAAAUUUGUAGUACUGCGCUGAGUGCAAUUUGAAGGAUUGUUGCUAUCUAUCACUGUAUGGACAUUCUGUGCUUAUUACUAGUACACUACAAAUGAAUUCUAUUUUCAGAUAUUCAAUGAAGAGCAAACAACGGUUUUGAAUAAAUAAAUUCACACUUGUAGUGAUGAAAUAUCUGAAAA